CUAUACAUAUUCACAGCUUGUAGGUAGUUUUUUGCCACCUCGAAGGCUGACACAAUUCUUUAGCAAGUUCCUGAUUUUUUGCCCUUAUGGUACUGCUGUUUGAUAAGUGACUGUGUAAGGAGUAUGCUGGGCCGUGUUGUAUAACGUAAAAGACGAGAUUGAGAAUCAACAAUACUCGAGCAUGGCCAGGCUGGCUCCAACGCUAGUUUGAAUUGUGAUACCAAGUUCAGACAGCAACUAUGAGCGAUGACGCAGCCGUCGCCAGCGUGGCGUCCAGGGCGGAGGAGCUGGCAGAGGAGCUGUACCGCGAGGUGCUCACGCCCAACACCUCGCACCCCGCGGCGCCUCCCCCGCCCCCCCUAGGCGAUCUCUCUUUCCCCGUGGACCCCGGGGCGGACUGGACUCCCGCACACACGCCCCGUACCGGCAACUCGCCGGUUCCCGGGGGUCUGAGCUUCUCCCGCCCAGGCACGGCCACCAGCCCCUCCCACCGCUCCCGGCCUGCCUCCGCAUUGGGCGCUGGCGGUCGCGCCAGCGGCACCGCCUCCCCACGCCGCACGGGCACGCACCAGCCAGGCUCGCCCCUGCCUUCCCAGCGCCACAGCUCAGUGACUAACAGCCAGCUCGUGAUCUCGGGCGGUCCCACCGCACCCUCGCCGGCCCCAGCAAUCCAGCCCGGGGGCGGCACCAGCAGCACAGCCCCCACCACCACAGCCCCCACCACCACAGCCCCGGCCGGCCCCACACAGCCGGCUCCAUUCGAGGCCGGCCGACCGCACCCCCACAAGUUCAUCAGCCCGCCGCGCGUGGUAGCCGUGGACUCGGGGCCCUACCCCUACCUGCCGGCCAGCAGCACCGCCGUCGCCGCCGGCGGCACCAGCGCAGGCGCCGCCGGCACCUCCUCCCCCGGCGUGCCGCCUCUCCAACUGGACCUGCCCUCCCACGUGCGCGGCUACACGCUGCAGUCCAUCUCGCCGCACGGCACCGGCAACUUCGCCACCGGCGGCGGCGCGGGCUGCUCGCCCUCCGGCCGCGCGCUGGGGCCGCUCGCCAUCCCCUCCGAGCGCAACACGUUGCCGCCGCCGCAGGCGGCGGCGGCGGCGGCGGCGGCGACCGCGGGCUACGGUAGCAGCGGCGGGGGAGGCGGUGGCGCGCCGCCGGGGCAGUACUACUACCGAGGCGGCGGCGGCGGCGGUCAGCGCGGGCCGGACCGUGUGGACGCCUAUCUGGCCAGGUUCCAGAUGCACACAGCCAUCCGGGCCGGCUUCCGCACGCGCGGCGACGACGUGCAGCGCAGUGUGGAGGACCUGGAGGCGCGGCUGCAGGGCAUGCGUCAAGACCCCCAGGCGUCAGGCGGCGAGGGCGCAGCCGCCGGGUCUGCACGGGAGGGGCAGUCGCCCCAAGCCGGCGCCUCCCGCCCCCACACGGCCGGCGGGAACGCCACCACCAGCCACCCAGGGCCCCAGUCGCCGCCGGCGCUUCCGGACCCUCCCGGUGGGCGCAACCGCUUCGCGCCGCCACCCGCCGGCAGCGCCUUCGGCAACAGCCGCCCUCCCUCCGCCUCACAACACCACGCCGCCGGCCCCGCCUCCCCGCACUCGCAGCGCCCGCCCUCCGCCUCCGCGCCCGGAUCGAACCGCGGGUCGCCCGCCCACGCAGACGCUGCGGCGCAUGCGUCGGGGGCCGGCGGGGCGGGACCAGCAGGCGGGCCGGGCGCGGGUGCGGCAGGCGCGGCGGGUCAGGGAGCCUACCUGGCCCUGCCUGACGGCAGCUUCGCCGGCAGCGCGCCCUUCAAGGCCGCGCCCAGCGCCGAGGGGCUGUGCUUUGAGCGCUACAACCGGCACCAGCGCACGACAGCCGACCUGCCCGAGGUGCAGCUGCGCUACCUGCGGCCGCCCGGAGCCACGGCGCCGCAGCAGCCGCGACUGCUGGCCAAGGUGCCGCGGCAGGGCCAGCCGCCUCAGCGCUCGCUGCCCAACGGCAUCCCCGCCUCCCGCAUCGAGCGCCUGUCCGCACGCCGCCGCAGCCGCUCACCGCCCAAGCUGUAUCAGACGCAGCCGCCGCCAACCCGGCACGACACGGUAACGCUGACGGGGGCCCCCGCCGGCACCACCGGCGCCGGCGCCCUGGCUGGCCUCAGCACGGAUGAUUUCUUCCGCUCCGCGACGUCCCUCGGCAGCCCCAAGGGGCGAAGCGCGGCGGCCGCCGCCGCGGCGGCGGAUGGCGGCGGCGGCGGCAGCGGCGCGCUGGCGCAGUACCUGGCGAUUAACACGGCGCCCGCGACUGGCGAGCCGUUGCUGGAUGAGAACUUCUACGCCGUGCUGCAGCAGCACUUCAAGAGCUCGGUGCUGCAGCAGACCCAGCAACUUCGCGCGCAUCUCAAUGUGAGCCUGCCGGUGGUGCUAGGAGCCAUGAACUGUGUGAAUGUGACGGAGGCGCCAGGCGAGGCGCCGCCGGGCACAGGCACGGGCACGUUCACGGCGGCCACGCUGGCGCGGCUGCAGGCGCAGCAGCAGGCGGCCCAGGUGAUGAGUGGGAGCGGCCGGAUGCUGAGCGGCGGUGGCGGAGGCGGAGGCGGCAGCGGGGAAAGCGGGCGGCGGGCGUGAGGCGUUGCGUCAUGCCAUGGCGUGUGUGUGGGGGGUGGGGUGGGGUGGGGUGGGGGGUAUAUGCCGGAGCCCACCGGAAUUGAUCGCGGUACUCAAAGAAUCGUGGCCUAACCCAGAAUGCAGUGCACGCUCCACGUAUAACCGGGGGGGGCUUGUUGGGGAAUGUGGGGCGUGGGUUGGACGUGGAUGGCAGGAUUGUUUUCGUGUGCGGCGGUGUGUUGGGCUCGUGCGCAAGGCUUGCGGGGCGGCCGGACGUUGUCAUGUUGCUGUAUAGGGCACGAGUGUUGCUUGCCGGAAUGUUUGUGGAAUGUGGCAGGAUGGAGGGGCGGGUAAUGGACAUCGCCGCAUUAGCUAGGGAGUUGCAAUGGUUGGUUCACAGAGCGCUGACUCCCGCUUGGCGUGGCACGUUGCCUGUGCAAGAACUCGACAACUCAGCUGCAA